GCCGCCGAGCCCAGCCGUUGUCCGAGCGCCGGCGAAGGGGCCGCCAUGGCAGAGCUAGGCCUUAAUGAGCACCACCAGAAUGAAGUGAUCAACUACAUGCGCUUUGCUCGUUUCAAGCGUGGCCUGUGUCUCAAAACAGUGGAUUCUUGUUUUCAGGACCUUAAGGACAGCAGACUUGUUGAGGAGACCUUUACAGUCGAUGAGGUGAUAGACAUGCUGGAUGGACUGCAGACCAUUGUACACAGUGAAGUGGAGUCGGAGCUCAUAAAUACGACUUACACCAAUGUUUUACUUCUGCGGCAGCUCUUUUCGCAAGCUGAGAAAUGGUACCUUAAGUUACAGACGGACGUCUCUGAAUUGGAGUCAAGAGAAUUGUUGGAACAGGUUGCUGAGUUUGAAAAGUCAGAAUUUACAUCUUCGAACAAGAAGCCCAGUGCAGAUCUCAUUAAACCAAAACUGGCUCCAUUAAAUGAAGGUGGGUCAGAGCUGCUAAACAAGACAGUUGCUUGUCUCCAAGAAGAAAAUGAAAAAUUGAAGACCAGACUCAAGACAAUAGAAACACAGGCUACAGCUGCACUAGAUGAGAAGUCCAAGCUAGAGAAGUCACUGAAGGAUUUACAGAUGAUUCAAGGAGAUCAAAAGGUAAAUAUAAUUAAGCAGGAUAUCACCGAACUGGAGAAUAAAGUGGCAGCUUUGAAAUGCCAGUUUGAGAAGACUUUGAAUGACUCUACUGCAAACCAAAAAUUCUUGGAAGAGAACUUGGUGACAACAAAACAUGACUUACUUAAGGUUCAGGAUCAGCUAUCCACAGCUGAAAAGGAAUUGGAGAAGAAAUUUCAGCAAACAGCUGCCUAUCGCAACAUGAAAGAGAUUCUCACUAAGAAGAAUGAACAGAUAAAGGAUCUACGUAAAAAACUUUCCAAAUAUGAGCCGGAGGACUAAAAUACCAAAAACAUCUGAUCUAUCAGAAGCUGCCAUAGAAAGAAAAUGUAGACUGGUAUUAUUUUUCAAUAAUUUUUGUUUUGAAUGGUAUAUUUUUUGC